AUGCUGACUCGAGCUACCGCCGCGACGCAGGCGUUCCAGCCCGUCGACAAGGCCGCGCACGUCGAUGCGGCGCCACUCGAUGCCCACGGAGGCGGCGCCGAAUCGGAUUCGGAUUCGGCGUCGCUCGCGUCGAGCCACGACUCGGAACUCUUGAUCAACUAUGCCGUGUCGAGGAUCCCGGAAGAGAACGUAGGGGUGAAGUCGUUCGCGACGACACGCCAAGCCAAGGAUCGACGACCCCCGUCCACUUUUUACCUCAAGAAGCGCUCCGAGAUGAACCUCGCCGAAAAGCUAUGCCAACUCGCCGACACCCCCGUCGAGAUUCAUCGCCUCCAACCCGCCGAUCUCGACCGCGGCCCACCGCCGUACCUGAACCCCGUGUGGGAUAUUUGGCACAUCUUCUGGAGCUCGCUGCCACCACUCGUCGUGCAGGAGGUGUGCUACGCGAUCUGGCCCGACUACCGAUGGCCGUGGAUCGUGCAGUACCCCGUCUUUCUGGUGGGUCUGAUCCAUUUCGCCGUCCAGGCCGUGCAUCGACUCAACCGUGAGUGCGCACUCCGAGGGGUCUUGAAAGUGAGGACAUAAUGGAAGCUGAUGGAACUUUGAAUGGAAUGUCACGCCAGGCUACGCGCUCAAGUACGGCACCCUGGACGAAAAGGAGAUUGGGCGGGAUCGCACCCCGGACAAGUCGGUCCCGCAUCUCGCCAUGGGGAUCGUCGGCUACGUCUUUGUACGCAUGGCCCUACCCUUCGUCCUGCACUAUGACCGCUCGGUCGCGCACCCGCUCUUCAACUUUACGUGGACCUUCCCAAUGCGCUUGAUCCUGUGGGAAAUUGUCUUGGUCCGUUUCUCAUUGCGCAGCUCGGUGCUAGUUUGGGGGUUUCCAUUUUUCGCUGCAUGGCUGACAACGUUCAUUUUGUAGGACUAUUUCUUUUACGUCUACCACCGAAGCUCGCACGAGGUUGAUGCGCUGUGGUUCAUGUGAGUGGUAGAGAGUCGCGUUGGGGCUGUUCGCCCGCCCAGCCCGCCCACAGUUAGCUUUAACUGAUUCCUCCUCGGGCUCCUAUAUCGGCCCGUUUGCACUUGUUACAGCCAGUAAGUGGCACCCCGGAGCGGAGUGUAGGGUGUCUGGAAGAGUGGUGCUGAUCUCGAGCUCGCCUGCACUCCCUUUGCAGCAUGCACCACCACACGACCAAGCACCCGACGCACAUCCUCUCGAUCCUCGCCGAGGAGUACCAGGAGAUGCUCGAGGUGCUCAUCGUGCCUUCGAUCGCUUCGUGGCUCGUGCCCAUGACGCAGAGCGAGCUGUACGUCGCCCUCGCCGCGACGAUGUGGGUCGAGAUGCAAGGUAAGCUCCGAGAACCCCUGUUUUCGCCUCGUGCUCCACCCUUCCUCCGUACAGGUGCUGAGAUGCUGGUAUCGCCUACUUGCUCUGAACCUCGACUCGGGAAUUUUCCUUUGAAUCUGCACUGGACCUUGGUUAGGACAUUGUGGCGUGCGAGGUGAGUUUUAGUUCUGGUCAGCAUUGCACGUUCGCGAAGGACGUCGGGACUGACGCGUGCUCUUUACUUUACGUGCUUCUACAUUUUGUCUACAUACUGAAGCGCACUGGCGGCAACCAAUUGCGUCUUUCAUUUUGAAAUAUUUUGACAUGGAUCUCGCCGUGGAGGAUCACGACAUGCGUAGGUUUAUAUCUCGAAUCGAGUAUCGAGCUGUCGCUGGCCACUUUGUCCCAAACGCUGACAGAGUCCUCCCCGCCCUUCUCCUUUCAUCCCCGUAUUUUUUGUUACACAUUGUACUUUCACAUCUUCAGAUCAUCGUGGAGGAAAGAGCGGGUGCGUUCAAAUCGCUAAUGUUCGAAUAACUGCACAGAUAAUUCACGAUCGCUGACAGUGUCUCUUUGACCUCCCCACAGGCGAAACUACGGCAAGCAAACUCGAGUUUGGGACAAACUUUACGGCACCUCGGCAGAACGGAUCGAGACGUACGGGAUGUUCUGA